AUGCAGAAACUCAGGGCCCAUGCACGUCGGGUCAAUGAAGAGAAAACUGAAGCAAAAAAAUUAUAUGAAUUAGACAUUACUAGCUUCAAAGCUCAGAUACUUGCGCUUCAAGAUCAAAUUCGUCGAGUUAAUAUAAGAAAACAGGAAAAUGAACAGAGAUGUAAGGAAGAAAUGAAUAAUCUUCGGACAACGAUAGUAACACUUCAAGCUCAUGUGAAUCUGCUCACUUUUGAGAAACAGAAAGCAGAGGAAACGAUGAGCGAGAUAAAUGCGAUAAAUACGAGAAGAGAGGCAAAGAAACUUCAAUCGCGCGUUCGUGAAAUCGCCAAAAAGAAACAGGAAAUAGAAAAAUUACAUGUGAUGCAAAUGAAGGUAUUCAAGACAAACAUAAAUCGUCUAAAGAUCGUCUACGACAGACUCUACAGGAGGUUCGUGAGCAAGAUGGAAACAUUAGACAAUUCGAUGGGUGCGAAUGAGAGACAAUCACAACAGGAAGUCCAAAACAUCUUAGAUACUCUAGGGGAAUGUGAACACCAACUGAGUAUUUCCCAAGAGCAUAAAGAUACCCUCGAAGAAGAAAUGCUUCGUUUUGAUGCUGAAUAUAAGGAUUUACGCGAAAACGAAAUGAUUUUGGCAGAUUCAACAAAAAAUCUUCAGCACAUAAUUGAUGAAAAAGAGAAACAAAUAAAAGAAAAGGAAUUGGAAAUUAAUACACGUCAAAUUCGUGAUGAGACUCACCUGGACUUAGUGAGUAAAUACACGGAUGAUGUUGAAAACCUUCGUUCGGAAAUAGCUGAACUAAAAGAAGCUUUUCAAGCAAAACAACUUACUCUAGACACGUUGCAGUCGGAGAUGAGGCAGUAUAAAGAGGAUGAACUUAACUCGAAGGACGAUGAUGAGCUUAUGGAAUUUCUAGAGAGCGAACACGAAAUGCUUUAUGAUGAAUUGCAGGAUCGGAUCAAGUAUGCGACAGACCUUCCCCUUCUCAAAAAACAGUAUGAGGAACUACAUGCUAAAAGAGAUGCCAUGGCAAACAUCAUAACUGACAAAACAGAAAAGCUGGUGGAUCAUAAAGACGAGUUGGAGAAGCUGACUGAGGUGGCAGAAAAGGAAUUCUUGAGGAGUUUGAAGAUAGCCUGCAGAAACGCUAAAAGAGAUGCCAUGGCAAACAUCAUAACUGACAAAACAGAAAAGCUGGUGGAUCAUAAAGACGAGUUGGAGAAGCUGACUGAGGUGGCAGAAAAGGAAAUUCUUGAGGAGUUUGAAGAUAGCCUGCAGAAACGUUCGAGGAAAUAUAUAAAGACUAUCGAAUCUCUAAGGAAUAAAGUGUUGGAGGAAAAACAUAAGAGAUCGGAAAUUGAAGAGGAAUAUCAAUGCAAGAUCCGGGAACUAAAUAUAAUGACUAUUGCACUUCAAGAAGAAUUGCACAAGUUACAUCGAAAACACCUUUUCUAAUGGAUUGGGUCAUAAACUUUCGAAGAAGGAUGCAGCCAAAAGAUGAAAGGUAAAUUUAACCUGAGAUUUGAACAGAGGUAUAAAUAAACAUUGCAAAACAUUU